CCGGUUUUGCCCUUGUUCUCUCUUUAAUUAGAUCGACCAUGUUGGGAGUUACUGGCCGCUGUUGUUCGGGGGCUUUGCAAGCCUUUCGAGCUAGUGCAAAUCCUUUAGCUGUAUUUAAGGGGAGUCCUGCUGCUCUUUAUUCACGCCGAAACUAUGUGGCUCAAGGUGCACCUGCAGCAAAGCCUGGUGUUGCAACAGGGCGAAUCGUGGCAGUCAUUGGUGCUGUUGUUGAUGUGCAGUUUGAUGAAGGACUUCCACCUAUUCUGAAUGCUUUGGAAGUAGCUGGCCGUGACUCAAGAUUAGUGCUGGAGUGUGCUCAACAUCUUGGUGAGAAUACUGUACGCACCAUUGCUAUGGAUGGCACAGAAGGCUUGGUUCGUGGACAGAAGGUUAUUGAUACUGGGGCUCCUAUUAGGAUUCCUGUUGGUCCUGAAACCCUAGGCCGGAUUAUGAAUGUCAUUGGUGAACCCAUUGAUGAAAGAGGACCUAUUACUACAAAGCAAUUUUCAGCUAUCCAUGCUGAAGCUCCUAAGUUCACAGACAUGAGUGUUGAACAGGAGAUCCUGGUAACUGGCAUUAAAGUUGUGGACUUGCUGGCACCAUAUGCCAAAGGUGGUAAAAUCGGGCUUUUUGGCGGUGCUGGUGUGGGAAAGACUGUGCUGAUUAUGGAACUGAUUAAUAAUGUUGCAAAAGCCCACGGUGGCUAUUCAGUCUUUGCUGGUGUUGGAGAACGUACUCGUGAGGGUAAUGACUUGUACCAUGAAAUGAUAGAGUCUGGGGUCAUUAAUCUGAAGGAUACUACUUCUAAGGUUGCAUUGGUAUACGGGCAGAUGAAUGAGCCACCAGGUGCUCGUGCCAGGGUUGCCUUGACAGGUCUAACUGUUGCAGAAUAUUUCCGUGACCAAGAAGGACAGGAUGUACUGCUUUUCAUUGACAAUAUUUUCAGAUUCACCCAGGCUGGUUCAGAGGUGUCUGCCUUACUGGGUCGUAUCCCAUCAGCUGUAGGUUACCAACCAACUCUGGCAACUGAUAUGGGUACCAUGCAGGAAAGAAUUACCACAACUAAAAAGGGAUCUAUUACAUCAGUGCAGGCCAUCUAUGUACCUGCUGAUGACUUGACUGAUCCUGCUCCAGCUACCACCUUUGCUCACUUGGAUGCCACAACUGUACUGUCUCGUGCUAUUGCUGAGCUGGGUAUCUACCCAGCUGUGGACCCACUGGAUUCAACAUCUCGUAUUAUGGAUCCAAAUAUUGUUGGCAGUGAGCAUUAUGACGUGGCUCGUGGGGUACAGAAAAUUCUUCAGGACUACAAAUCGCUUCAAGAUAUCAUUGCUAUUUUGGGUAUGGAUGAGCUGUCUGAAGAAGACAAGUUAACUGUUGCACGUGCUCGCAAGAUCCAGAGAUUCCUUUCCCAACCUUUCCAGGUUGCAGAAGUCUUCACUGGCCAUCUUGGAAAAUUGGUGCCCCUGAAAGAUACAAUCAAGGGUUUCAAGAUGAUCCUUUUGGGUGAACUGGAUCAUCUUCCAGAGCAAGCCUUCUACAUGGUUGGCCCCAUUGAAGAAGCUGUUGCAAAGGCCGAGAAACUGGCAGAAGAGCAUUCCUAAAUUCCAUUUGUAUAAAAGUUUAGGGUUAAUUGUAUAAAGAUCAUUUUUUGUCACUGGGGCAAAAGAGAUUUUAUUUAAAUGUUCCCAUUUAUGUGGAAAGCUGGUUAAACAACAUUGUGCACUGUUCAUAUUAAAUACAAAACAGAAAAAUAAA